UGCCUUUAAAGAAAAGAUGCGAUUUGGGCCGUCCAUAAUAUUAGACUUUCUGGAUUGUGCCUGAUUAGGUAUAAAUCUCAAUCCAUUUUAUGAUCUCUUGUCUCCAUCUCUGUCCCGUUAAUUUAACAAUGCUAUUAAAAGACGACCUGCUUGAUGAUCUUUAUGCUGUCAUUUAAUCCAAGGAGCAGGUAAACAAUGUCGUUGAUGUUUAAUCUUAAAUAUUGUCUCGUUUGUCUAAUGCAAUACUGAAAUCAAGGUUGGAUUAGGGUGAAGAGCACUCACUGCCAUCAAUAACAACAAGCAUCCCACCAUACCAGACCAUGGUUCACUCAUCUCAAAGGCUUGUGCCAUGUCAUUAUUUUAAGAUCAUCCCAUGUCUCUUUAGAUCUGUUUAAUAUAUGAGCUCCUCCACUCAUCUCUCUAUCUAGCAAAUGUUUGUCACCCUCUAGCAGGCUAUUCCUGAAAGUACAUGUAAAAUCUGCAUGACACACACACACACACUGUCACGCCUGCUCCCGCUCUCCCUCCCUGGCGCCCAGGGCGCCAGGCUACCCGUCAUCAUACACGACUGUUACCAACAUUACGCACAGCUGUGCUCAUUGGACUCACCUGGACUCCUUCACUUUGUUGAUUACCCCCGGAAUAUCUGUCUGUUCCUUGGUUAUGUUCCCAGUGUCUGCAUUAUUCCGUAUUGUGUUUGCUAUGUGUUCCUGUCCAGGCGCUGUUCCUGUUCCGUUUCGUGUCCGUCAGCUAAUAAAACUUCACUCCCUGUACCUGCUUCUCAUCUUCUGUGUCGCUCCCUUUACACGCACGCACGCACACGCGGCAGAUAGCACUAGCUACCACUAAUCCCCCCAAGAGGAGAUUGCCCUUGGACUUUUAGCUCCACCGUCAUUGGGCUGUUCCCUGGCCUGGAUCCGGUUGUGCCCUGCAUGUGCAGCCAUGUGAGCAGCUGCUUGACACCUCCCACCACACCCCUGCCCCUCCCCUCGCCCCCCCUCACUGCACUGCUUUCUCUGUCUAACUCUGUUCGGGCACCAAGGGACACACAGCUGGAUCGCUAUCGACCGAAUCUCUCUCUAGUCGGACGUGUUUGUCUUGAGUUCUGCCUACCACGACAGCAUGAGAACGCUACUGGACAGCAGCUGGAUAAAGUUUGGGCCAGCCGGCAGAGGGUCCAUUGAUUGGGUGACUGGGUCACCUUCUCCCCAAAUGGUGGAGAGACAGUUACAGGGCGACAACUGGAAUGAGCUGAACCUCGACCAGGAAGGGAGGUCAGGGCUGCUCCUCUACGUGGUCCUCCCCGUCGCCUCCCUCCUCAUGCUGGGCCUCCUGGUACUCCUGGCCUACUGGAGGUGCUCCCCUCCAAAGCUCAGCCUGGACCUCCAGGACCCCGAGAGCAGCGCAGAGUUCCUCUCCUCGCUCACCGGCCACGGCGAACGCCACACCAGCACCAGCUCUGACAUGUCGGACAGCGUGUACGUCAUGGUCUACCUGCCGCCGCCCUACGAGGAGACGCUGACCAAGAUCACACGCGCCACCAGUCUGACCAGUCGGAAAGAGUCCAUGAACAUAGAGGACCUGGAGGCCCGGCUGUGUCCGGAGAUCAAGUCCAGUGGACGCUACGUGUGACUGGGGAACACUGGGACUGUCUCUCAAAUGGCCCCCUAUUCCCAAAAGCCCACAAAGGGCUCUGAUUAAAAGAAGUGCACUAUGUAGGGAGUAGGGUAUAUGGUAUCAUUUCAGACUAGAACUAAGAGAUUGCUUUUGAAAGGACUCCAUAUACCAAGCUCUUUAGAAUAAGGGGAAUUCAAUAGACUAUUUAAAAACAUCAGACCUGACUUAGUCUUUUGUGGGUACCAGCUUUCUACACAGAGAAAUGUGCAGUUGCAUGAAAGCUGGAAAUUGCAUUGACUGGCUGUCCAGGAUACAGUACAUCUAGAUUCUCUAGAGAGGACAGACACUGACUAUGUACAAACCGUAGGUCACAGUAGGCAAAUAAAUCUCCUUCAAUGAUACAAAAAAUAAUAUACAAUUCAUUUGCGUUGUUUUUAUCUCCUAAAUGAAACACGUGAUCCCCCAUUUUUACUUCCACACAUUGUAUGAGCCAUACCAUGCUUUCAACCCUCCUGUACCUGUGUUGAUUUACAGUUUGUUCCCUAUUUGCAGACUUAAGAAUGUCAAUGUGCAAAGUACAAGAAUGUUACAGAAGUCUUGUAUAUAAUACUGUAUGUUAUUUGAAUUUGAUUUGAAUUGUAUUUAUAUGUAAGAAGGUACAAAGACCUAGCCUGGGCACCAUGUGUUUGACAGAAGGGACAAGGAGCAGAAUGUUAGUUAGACGGGUACCCAGACUUACAAAGACCUAGUCCAGGUUAAUAAUUCCCUUCAUUCCUUGGCAUCACAUCAUAAAUGUACUCCUAAAAACCUCAGACCUGAUACGUUUUAUAGACUACAUAACAUAUAUGCAUUCUAAUUAUCAAGUAAUAUGUUUGCACAAAGUGUUAUAUUGUUUUUAAAUAAAGAAUAAGAAAAAUA